UCAUAACUUGUUUACACUUUAAAAUUAUCAAGUUUAAAAAUUUUCAGUUUUUAUUAUAUUGUUUUCUCUUUAUGUAAACUAACUAACAUAUUUAAAGUGCAAAGAACAAUUAUAUUACAUAAAAUUUACAAAAUUUAAUGUAUUAUAAUAUUAUAAUGUACAAUAUUAUGUCUGUAAAACACGUUAUAGGUUAUUGACUUCUUUGUAAUAUUUGAUAUUCUGCUGUUCUUGUUCGAUUUCUUCUUGAUUAAUACCGAUAAACAUAUCCCGUGUUUGUCGCAACUGGUACAGGAACUCUAUCAAGUAUAUCUUACAAUUAGUUUCCACAAUGACUACAUCGGUAUCAGUUGAUGAGCGUAUGUUAAAGGGAAUACGAAGAAUAAUUCCAAAUCUCAAUAAUACCAAGUACAAAGGUCAGGAUGGCAGAAUUGGAAUAUUUGGUGGCAGUACUGAAUAUACAGGGGCACCGUACUUUGCUUCUAUGAGUGCAUUGCGCACUGGAUGCGAUUUAGUACACAUAUUUUGUACCAAGGAAGCAAGUACUCCUUUAAAAUCAUUUAGUCCAGAGCCUAUUGUUCAUCCUGUCUUAGAUCAAUAUGAUGCAAUUAAACACAUAAGACCUUGGUUGGAUCGUUUACAUGUGAUUAUUAUUGGACCUGGUCUUGGUAGAGAAGACAAGAUAUUUAAAACAAUUGUGGAACUUAUUUCAGUUUGCCGUGAAAUGAAAAAACCAUUGGUAAUAGAUGCUGAUGGAUUAUUUUUAAUUAGUCAGAAACCUGAUAUUAUAAAAGAAUAUCCAGGUGCUAUUCUUACUCCAAAUGCAAUGGAAUUUAGUCGCUUAGUGAAAGGAGUGCUCGAUAAAAGUAUUCAACCUACACCAAUGCCCAAAGUUAAUGAUGUUAAACAUUUGGCAGAUGCGCUUGGAAAAAAUGUAGUAAUUUUACAUAAAGGAGCAAAGGAUGUAAUUGCAGAUGGUCAUAAAGGUACUGAAGCAGUGUCAUGUGGAUUGGCAGGCUCUGGAAGAAGGUGUGGAGGGCAAGGAGAUUUAUUAGUUGGUGCAUUAGCUGUAUUUUGGUGGUGGGCUAUUUGUGCAGGAAAUACUGAAAGUGCUUUAUCAGCUCCAAUAGCUGCCUGUUAUGCUGCGUCUAGAUUAGUCAGAGAAUGUAAUAUAUCUACAUAUAAGUUAAAACAGAGAGGAAUGUUAACAUCUGAUAUAUUAGAACAAAUACAACCUGUGUUUGCCAGAAUCUUUGAGACUCAUUGUAACAAAACAUCCUCGUUCAAUGGGAGAAAUCGAACACGAAGCACUGAUUGAAUUGUAUUUAUGUUCCUUAAUACUUAAAUAUAAACAAAACAAUUAUA